GCCACCUCUGCACCGCCCCGCACCUCCGCCCGCCCAUCCCAAGGGAAGCGGUCCCUCCCGGCUCUGAACUGUGGUCAGCCACCGCCUCUGCUUAACUGUUCCCGGCCAGUCCUGGGAAGUUUCAGGGGGCACCAUGGCCUCCCCUACCUCCACCAACCCUGUGCACACCCACUUUGAGAGCUUCCUGAAGGCCCAGCAGUGCCAGGAUGUGCUGAGCAGCUUCCAAGAGCUCUGCAGGACUCUGGGGCUAGAGCCUGGUGGGGGGCUGCCCCUGUACCACAAGAUCAAGGCCCAACUCAACUACUGGAAUGCCAAGUCACUUUGGGACAAGCUGGACAAACGAGCUGGUCAGGCUGUGUACCAGCAGGGCCAGUCCUGUGCCCACACCAAGUGUCUUGUGGUGGGCGCCGGGCCUUGCGGGCUGCGGGCAGCUGUGGAGCUGGCACUGCUCGGGGCCCGUGUGGUGGUGGUGGAGAAGUGCCGCGAUUUUUCUCGCCACAACGUGCUGCACCUCUGGCCCUUCACUAUUCAUGACCUCCAGGGACUCGGCGCCAAGAAAUUCUAUGGGCGCUUCUGCACGGGCACCCUGGACCACAUCAGCAUCCGGCAGCUUCAGUUGCUUUUGUUGAAGGUGGCUUUACUGCUGGGGGUGGACUUUCACUGGGGUGUCGCCUUCACCAGCCUCCAGCCCCCGCCCCAAAAGGGGAGUGGCUGGCGAGCCCAGUUCCAGCCCAGUCCCCCAACCCAGCUGACCAACUACGAAUUCGAUGUCCUCAUCAUGGCCGCUGGAGCUAAAUUCAUCCCUGAAGGUUUCACAGUGAGAGAAAUGCGUGGCAAGCUGGCCAUUGGCAUCACGGCCAACUUUGUGAACAGGCGCACGGCGGAAGAGACUCAGGUGCUGGAGAUGAGCAGUGUCGCCAGAAUCUACAACCAAAACUUCUUCCAGAGCCUGCUCAAAGCCACAGGCAUUGAUCUGGACAACAUUGUGUACUACAAGGAUGACACCCACUACUUCGUCAUGACCACCAAUAAGCAGUGCCUGUUGCGGCGCGGGGUGCUGCUUCAGGAUUUGCCCGAUACCGAGCAGCUGCUGAGCAGUGACAAUGUGGUACCCAGCACCCUGGAGCGUUUCUCCAGGGAUGUCGCCAACUUCGCCACAAAAGGCAAACUGGGGAACCUGGAGUUCGCGCUGGAUACUGACGGGAAGCAUGACGUCUCGGCCUUUGACUUCACCAGCAUGAUGCGGGCCGAGAGCUCGGCUAGGGUGCAGGAGAGACACGGCGCGCGCCUGCUGCUGGGGCUGGUGGGGGACUGCCUGGUGGAGCCCUUCUGGCCCCUGGGCACUGGGGUGGCCCGGGGCUUUUUGGCAGCCUUGGAUGCCGCCUGGAUGGUGAAGCGCUGGGCCAAGGGUGCUGAGCCCUUAAAAGUGUUGGCAGAGCGUGAGAGCCUGUACCAGCUCCUGUCACAGACAUCCCCGGAAAACAUGCACCGCAACACAGCCCAGUAUGGGCUCGACCCAGCCACCCGCUACCCCAACCUGAACCUCCAGGCAGUGACGGUGAAUCAGGUCCGGGACUUGUAUGACGUGGUGGACAAGGAGCCCAUACAGCAACACAGUGACAGGAUGGACUCGGUCGUGCCGGCUGGGAUGGCAGAUACCCAGAAGGAGCUGCUGCGCUGGUGCCAGGAGCAGACGGCCGGCUUCCCUGGCGUCCAUGUCACGGACCUGUCUUCCUCCUGGGCUGACGGGCGGGCGCUGUGUGCCCUGGUACACCGUGUGCAGCCCGACCUGCUGAAGCCCUCGGACCUGCAAGGGCUGGGGGCACUCGAAGCUGCCUCGUGGGCACUGAGGAUGGCAGAGCAUGAGCUGGGCAUCACGCCAAUGUUGUCUGCACGAGCUGUGGUGACGGGGAGUGAUCCGCUGGGCCUCAUCGCCUACCUCAGCUCCUUCCACAGUGCCUACAAGAGCUUCUCCCACACGCCAGGGCCCUCCAGGCAACCUUCCUGGGGCACCUCCAAAGCUGUGCUCUUCCUGGGCAAACUGCAGAGGACACUGCAGCGGACCCGCGCUCAGGAAAAUGGAGAGGAAGCUGGUGGCAAGAAGCCAGGCCCUGGCCCAGGGGCACGUGUCUCCUUAAAGGCCGAGAGCCUGAGUGCAGAGGAGCCUCCUGUCCCAGAGCCCAGCGUAUCCCUGACACCCCCAUCCCAGCCCCAAGAGGCCGAGGCAGGGGACGUGUGCGCCCUCUGUGGCGAGCAGCUCUAUAUCCUAGAACGCCUCUGUGUCGACGGCCGUUUCUUCCACCGAAGCUGCUUCCGCUGCCACGUCUGUGAGGCCACAUUGUGGCCAGGUGGCUACCAGCAGCACCUGGAAGAUGGACAUUUCUACUGCCUCCAGCACCUGCCCCCGCCCAGCCUCCAGGAGGAAGGCAGCCACCCAGGACACGAGAGCCAGGAACUCCCCAGCCCGCGGGACAGUAGCCUGCCACCAAGUCCCUCCACUCUCAGGCCUAGUCCUGUCCCAGACCCCAGCCAGCCCACUCGCCGGCUACUCCGCCUGUCCAGCCCAGAGCUCCAGCAGCUCUCCUCCUUGCACUUCAUCCCUGACCCGGAAGUAGAACCCCCCUCGAAACCCCUUCGCAGCUGCAGUGACUUGGCCCGACAGGCCCUGGAGGGCAGAUUCAUGGGCUGGGGACUGCCAGCCCAGGAGACUCAAGUUGACGGCAUGAAAACAGAGCAAGAAGAUAAUGCCUCCUCCAGUGAUGAGGAAGAGGAAGACACAACUUUGGACUUAGACACAGAGACUCUGCUGACCAUGACAAGGAACUUAGACAGCAGCAAGUACCCAACAUGGAAUCGAACCCUGUUGCGCCGCGCCAAGGAGGAAGAGAUGAAGCGGUUCUGCAAGGCCCAGGCCAUCCAGCGGAGACUGGAUGAGAUAGAAGCUGCCUUGAAGGAGCUGGAAGCUGAGGGCAUGGAGGUGGAGCUGGCCUUACGGCGUGAGAGCAGUUCCUCUGAAAUGCCAAAGACAUUAUGGACAGAGCGGUUAUUACAGCUUGUUCAGAGGAAGAACAGCCUGGUGAAUGAGGAGGCUGAGCUUAUGCUGACGAUGACUGAGCUGAACCUGGAGGAGAAACAAUGGUACCUGGACCAGGAGCUCCUUGGCUACAUGAACCGGGAAGAGUCCCUGAAGACUGAUGCCGAUCGGCAGCAAGAGGCACAGAUCCUCAAGGAAAAGCUCAGAGUGGUGAAUGAGAGAGAGAGCCUCAUCCGCUUGCUAGAGGAAUGCAAACUCAGCAAGCUGGGCCACAGCUAG